AUGGACAGAUGUGUAGAGGUGGGUGUACGGGAAGUGUGGUGCUCUAACCUGAACAACUGUGAAGAUUUACCUGUCCGGAGGUGCUGUGUAAGACUGUGUGAAGAUUUACCUGUCCUGAGGUGCUGUGUAAGACUGUGUGAAGAUUUACCUGUCCUGAGGUGCUGUGUAAGACUGUGUGAAGAUUUACCUGUCCUGAGGUGCUGUGUAAGACUGUGUGAAGAUUUACCUGUCCUGAGGUGCUGUGUAAGACUGUGUGAAGAUUUACCUGUCCUGAGGUGCUGUGUAAGACUGUGUGAAGAUUUACCUGUCCGGAGGUGCUGUGUAAGACUGUGCGAAGAUUUACCUGUCCUGAGGUGCUGUGUAAGACUGUGUGAAGAUUUACCUGUCCUGGGGUGCUGUGUAAGACUGUGUGAAGAUUUACCUGUCCGGAGGUGCUGUGUAAGACUGUGUGAAGAUUUACCUGUCGGGAGGUGCUGUGUAAGACUGUGCGAAGAUUUACCUGUCCUGAGGUGCUGUGUAAGACUGUGUGAAGAUUUACCUGUCCUGGGGUGCUGUGUAAGACUGUGUGAAGAUUUACCUGUCCUGAGGUGCUGUGUAAGACUGUGUGAAGAUUUACCUGUCCUGAGGUGCUGUGUAAGACUGUGUGAAGAUUUACCUGUCCUGAGGUGCUGUGUAAGACUGUGUGAAGAUUUACCUGUCCGGAGGUGCUGUGUAAGACUGUGUGAAGAUUUACCUGUCGGGAGGUGCUGUGUAAGACUGUGUGAAGAUUUACCUGUCCUGAGGUGCUGUGUAAGACGGUGUGAAGAUUUACCUGUCCGGAGGUGCUGUGUAAGACGGUGUGAAGAUUUACCUGUCCGGAGGUGCUGUGUAAGACUGUGUGAAGAUUUACCUGUCCUGGGGUGCUGUGUAAGACGGUAUGAGAAUGGACAGGUGUGCAGAAAUGACAGGUGUGCCGGAAGUGUGGUGCUGUACACGGCGGCGUGCCAGCCUGUGUACGUGCCGCCCCUCCCCCUGAAGAGGCGGCGCGCCGGAGCCGAGCGCCUCGCCCUGAACGUGGGAGGAACCAGGUUUGAAAUAUGGCGGCACCUGCUAGAGAGGUACCCGGACACUCUGCUCGGCAGCGACGAAAAAGACUAUUUCUUCGAUGACGGGAAAGGAGAAUACUUUUUCGACAGGGACCCGGACCUGUUCCGCUACAUCCUGAGCUUCUACCGCACCGGCAGGCUUCACUACCCCGAGAGCGAGAGCGUGUCCGCGUAUGACGAGGAGCUCCGCUUUUUCGGCAUCCCGAAUGACGCGGACUCGAUCGGUCCGUGCUGCCGCGAAGCCUACAUCGACAAGAAGGAGGCGCACGAGGCGUCCGUCAGCGCGGCGGCCCGGGACGCGCAGGUGCCGCCCGAGCCCGCGACGUUCCGGGAGAAAAUCUGGCGCAUCGUGGAGAACCCUGACGAGACGACGCUGGGACUCGUCUUCUUCUACGUCACCGGCUUCUUCAUCGCCGUGUCCGUGUUCGCGAACGUUGUGGAGACGCUGAACUGCGCGCCCUUCCCGCCCAAGAUGGUGGAGAAGAUGCCGUGCGGGCUGCGCUACUCGCUGUCCUUCUCCUGCCUGGAGACGGCCUGUGUCGUCAUCUUCACGGCCGAGUACCUGGUGCGACUGUUCGCGGCGCCAGACAGAGCCAGGUUCGUGAAGAGCGCCAUGAGCGUCAUCGACAUCGUGUCCAUCCUGCCCUUCUACAUCGGGCUGUGCAUCCCGGCCAACAACAGCGUCAACGGGCUGUUCGUCACGCUGCGAGUCUUCCGCGUCUUCCGCAUCUUCAAACUGUCGCGCUCCUCCCCCGGCCUGCGGUUGCUAGGCGACACGCUGAAGGGCUGCGCCCGGGACUUGGGCUUCCUCCUGUUCGCCCUCAGCAUGGCCGUCAUCAUCUUCGCCACGAUGGUGUUCUACGCCGAGCGGAACCACCCCAACUCCUUCUUCUCCAGCAUCCCGGAGGGAUUCUGGUACAUCAUCGUCACCAUGACGACGCUUGGGUACGGUGACAUGACUCCGCGCACGAUCCCCGGCAAGCUGGUGACGGCGUUCUGCUCCAUCACGAGCGUCAUCCUGCUCACGCUGCCGCUCACCGUCAUCGUCUCCAACUUCACCAACGUCAUCCAGUCCAAAAAGGGCGGCGACAGGGGGCGGCACCUGGUGCGGGGCACGAGGCCGACUUACGAGGAGCGCGAGUUCCUGCUGCAGCGCGACCACCUCAUGCACUGCCUGGAGACCACCACGGAGAGCCACGUCACGGAGAACAACUGUCACCCUGGGUACCUGGACCACUGGGCUCCGGACCUCGCCGUCAAAAAGGCACAGUAAAAACCAUGUCGGACAUCGCCGUCAAAAAGGCACAGUAAAAACCAUGUCGGACCUCGCCGUUAAAAAGGCACAGUGAAAACCAUGUCGGACCUCGCCGUCAAAAAGGCACAGUAAAAACCAUGUCGGACCUCGCCGUCAAAAAGGCACAGUAAAAGCCAUGUCGGACCUCGCCGUUAAAAAGGCACAGUAAAAUACAUCGGACCUCUCUGACAAAAGCCACAAUAAAAACGCAUCGGCCACAUAAGACCUCUCUGACAACCCAUCGACUAGGGUGCUGGGCAUCGUGUCUCUCUGCCAAUUAACACAUUUACAAUUUGGCACCGACCAUUGAGGUCAUGAUACUAUCUGUGCUAGUACCCAUAACUGUAUCUAUGGUCCAACUUAGCUCUAGUGUUCAGAACUGUAUCUGUAGUUCAGUUAGGCUUUAGUAUCCGUUACUAUCUGUAGUCAAACUUAACUCUAGUGUUCAGAGCUGUAUCUGUAAUGUAUCUGGAAUACAUAUGUUAACCCUCAAGCCCCCGAACUUUUUUUUGCGACUAAAAUGACCAAGUGGGGUCCAAACGGACCCCAAAAUGUUUUGUUCAUAAAAUCUUAAUUCCAAUUCCUAUCGGUGAUCAUUAUGCAUAUAUUGCUUCAUCAAUGUAAGAGGAAUAUUUUGAGAUGUUAAGGUUUUGCUAAUUCCAGCUUAUCAUCAUAAUCCAUGCAAAAGAUCAGAAGGACCAGUUUUGCACUAAACCUAUUCUGACCAGAGAGUGGAAUUUUGAGGCCCUCAGCAACUUUCAUGGCGUAUAACUCAUGAACGGCCUGAGCUAAAGCUACGAAACUUAGUAAUCUAUUACAGAAUAUUCUUAGCAAAAAAAAAUAAUGUCAAUAAAGUAAGUUUAUCAUUUUUGGGGGUUGCCAUGGCAACGGAAUUAUGA